AUGAACGUUUUGGCAAUUAUAAGCUUCGUGUGUUGCUCCGGUGUUUUGGGGCACCCCUACUACCGGGAUAGGAUUCCGAAUGGGUUCAGUGUGCCCAACCCAUGCGAUGGUGGUGCUACUUUAUGGGAGGCUGUGGGACACUACAAUCCACUUCAUCACACAGUCGAUAAAAACCCAUUCGCACAGGCGUUUGCAGCUGCUGGGCACGUAUGGACAGUAGCGCUGUGCCAGGCAGACAGUGAUGGUGACGGGGCGAGCAAUGGGGCCGAACUUGGUGACCCAACAUGCGUAUGGACUGCGGGGGGCUCGCCAACCGGAAGUGCUACUGGUCACCCAGGUAUUUGCAAUCCUCUUGGUUCCUGUGCGAGUGAGGCGUUCAGUUGCAACUGCCAUGGUCACAGCUGUGUUGGAAAAUAA